AGAAAAAAUGUGGCCAGCUAAGAAAGAAAACAGUAUACAGAGAAUCUAAAAGGGUCCUAGUUUUGAUCUAAGCCUAGGGAGAAAAGAAGCAGAAGAAGCAGAAAGAUGGAAGCAAACCCAGUUCUAAUGGCGAAGAUCACUGUAUCAGUUGUUAUAGGAGGGUUUAUAGUGUUGUUAAUGCAACUCUAUAACCUUUUGGUUUUGAAACCAAAACUUCUCAGAGCCAAACUUCAAAGGCAAGGUAUAAGGGGACCUUCUCCUUCUUUUUUCUUUGGGAACAUCCCUGAAAUGAAGAGAAUUCAACUCCAAGUUCAUGCAACACCAAAAACUACUGCUACAAAGGAGUAUGAUCACCCUGAUGCUAUUGCUCAUGACUGGCCUUCCACUAUCUUCCCACAUUUGGAGCAGUGGAGAAAUGAAUAUGGACCAAUAUUCUUAUAUUCAUCUGGAAACAUACAGCUAUUAUGCAUAACAGAUCCAGAGAUGGUGAAGGAAAUCAGCCUUUGCACUUCUUUGAGCCUUGGAAAACCUUCUUAUCUAUCCAAAGAUCGUGGGCCGCUUUUGGGCCAAGGCAUUCUGUCAUCAGAUGGCUCAAUUUGGGCCCAUCAAAGGAAGAUUAUUGCUCCUGAAUUGUACAUUGAUAAGGUUAAGGGCAUGGUAAACCUAAUGGUGGACUCAACAACCUCAAUGCUAAGAAGUUGGGAGAGUAGAAUUGAAAAUGAGGGAGGGAUUGCAGACAUUAAAAUCAAUGAGGAUUUGAGAAGCCUAUCGGCGGAUAUAAUAUCAAGAGCCUGUUUUGGAAGCAACUAUUCCCAAGGGGAAGAAAUAUUCUUAAAACUCAAUACUCUUCAAGGAAUCAUGUCCAAGGGAAAUGUUGGAGUUCCUGGUUUUAGAUUCUUGCCAAGCAAAAACAAUAGAGCUAUGUGGAAACUUGAAGAAGAGAUCAACUCAAUGAUAUUAAAGGUGGUAAAGCAGCGCACUGAAGCAUCAUAUGAGAAGGAUCUUUUACAAAUGGUUCUUGAGGGCGCCAAAAGUUAUAAUGACUAUUAUGGCCCAUCAACAGAUAGUUCUCGCGACAAGUUCAUUGUGGAUAAUUGCAAAAACAUAUACUUUGCUGGCCAUGAGACCACUGCCAUCACAGCCACAUGGAGCUUGAUGUUGCUGGCUGCACAUCCUGAAUGGCAAGCUCGUGCUCGAGCUGAGGUGCUCGAAAUAUGUGGGGGUAGUCCACCAGAUGCCAACAUGCUCCGAAACAUGAAAACAUUGACAAUGGUUAUCCAAGAGACAUUGCGUCUUUACCCACCUGCAGCUUUUGUGAUCAGAGCGGCCCUGGAAGACAUUACAUUCAAAGACAUUAUGAUCUCAAAAGGUAUGAACAUUCAGAUUCCAGUCCCAAUAUUACAACAGCAGUGUGAUUUGUGGGGACCUGAUGCACACGAAUUCAAUCCGGAAAGAUUUGCUCAUGGGAUUGUUAGGGCUUGCAAGACUCCACAGGCUUAUAUGCCAUUUGGAGUAGGGCCUCGUGUCUGUGUUGGCCAGCACUUUGCCAUGACAGAACUGAAGGUUAUUUUAACUCUUAUUCUAUCCAAGUUUUGCUUCUCACUAUCGCCGGGAUACCAACACUCCCCUGCAUUUAGGUUGGUUAUUGUACCUGAACAUGGAGUCACUCUCCGUGUGAGGACAGCAUGACAUUUCCUAGCUUUGACAAAGGCUUUGGUGGAUAGAAGAAAAUAAAAAUAUAAGUGAGGUUGUGGACUAUUUGUACCAUCUUUAUGUAUUACAAAAAGAAAGUAAGGGCAGGGCACCUUUGGAGAACUUGUAAUAGUUCCUUCGGUUUUUACGUUGUUCCUUUCUGAUUAUAAAGAUUUGAAGCAAUGAUGAAGAGCAGUUGUGAUGCUAGUAUUGCAGAAAUAGAAGUCAUGGUCUAAUCCCGUAAUACUAAGCAAUUGCUAACGUACAUAUGAAGAUGAAAAUUCACAAUCUUGAAUCUUAUGAACUGUUCUACAACCAGGAUAGGCUGGAUUUCUAGGAAUAGAAAUUUUGAUUCUGUUUC